GUGGAGGUUGUGAAAAGAGAGCCAAAGUAGGAAAGUUGCACCGGAGAUGUAAGUGAGCAGCUGUGCAUGGUCUUGAGAAUGACAUCAACCCAUGUUGCCUGAAAGUUAAGCCAGUAGUGCUGAUGAAUGGACUACACAUUGAGCAUUGUUGGAGAAAAGAAUCAUUUUUACUUUUGUUGAAUUUUAUGAUUCUGUUGGUACAUAGGAGGAACAAGCAUUUUGAUGGAAAUGCUUAGGUCAUGGAACAGUGAUGGUGAAAUUGUGUUGUUAUCCGGGAAGUCGUUUAGCCUUAUUCUCAGGUAUGGUGAACACCCACAAACAUCCUGUGUGGUAUGUUGCCUGCUGUAAUGUGUUGCUGCAUAGUUUGUGGUCCUUUACAAGGUAAAUAGUUGCUGAUUUUUUUUUUUAAUGUCUACUUUUAAUUUUAUUAUGAAACUAGGGAUGUUUACUGCCACAUGUCUACACCAAUCUCAAUCAACAGUAAAAAGAGAUCCUGGAAUCUGCAUUUCAAUUUAUGGAGUGUACAUGUCAAAAUUGUUCAUUAUGUGUGACCUAUAUAUUCUAACAUCUCUUUGCUAUUUUGUCAGUGACUCAGGUGAUCCCACAAAGUUUAGAUUGGUUUUGUCCGCUGACGCCUGAGCAUUCCAAGGAGAAGUUCAUACAUUGCUUCACCAAGGAAAACAAGAAGUGAAUAAGGGGAGGCAUAAUAUAAUAUUUGAAGAUGGGGAUGGGUAUUUGAAGAUGGGGAUGUGUACGCCACUCGCGUUGUGAAAUGACGAAUGUACCCUCUCCCUUCGACCCAGCCUCGGCACCGAUGAUGGCAUUCCUGUUAUUUUCUGUCUCUCUCAGGGACAGUUGCUCAUGCCGGCAUGGAGUCUAACAGGAUGCGCGAGAGGCCGUGUCGUCCUCAAAAGGCUACCACCGCCGCGUUCGAUCGCUCCCCCCGCCCCCCCCUUCGGCUGCUUCGUUGCCAAGACAGAGUGCAUUAGGAGGGCAAAAAGGAGGACGAGAGAGAGAGAGAGAGAUUGGAAUCAUUGCUCAGUCUGGUUCUUGUAGAUCGGUACACGAUGUCUCGCGAUCCCAAUCCGUUCGACGAAAUGGACGUGAACCCGUUCGCGACUUCAGCUGCUUCUGGAUCUAAUUCUCGCCUUCCUACACUGGCAUCAAAAGCCUUUGGAUUUGGUAACAAGAAUGACGCGACAGUGGACAUACCAUUGGACACAGAUGCAAAGAAAAGGGAGAAGGAACUCGCCACAUGGGAAGAGAACCUGAAAAGGAGGGAAAUGGACAUUAAACGAAGGGAGGAUGCAUUGACAAGAGCUGGUGUCACUAUUGAGGAAAAGAACUGGCCACCGUUUUUUCCUAUCAUUCAUCAUGAUAUAGCCAAGGAAAUUCCAGUGCAUGCUCAGAGGUUGCAAUACUUGGCAUUUGCUAGUUGGUUAGGAAUUCUCCUCUGUCUUUCAUGGAAUGUUAUUGCUGUGAUUGUUUGCUGGAUUAAAGGGGGAGGUGUGAAGAUCUUUUUCCUUGCAAUUAUCUAUGCUUUGCUUGGAUGUCCUCUUUCAUAUGUGCUUUGGUACAGACCUUUGUACCGUGCAAUGAGGACUGAUAGUGCACUUAAGUUUGGGUGGUUUUUCCUAUUCUACCUGAUCCAUGUUGGUUUUUGUAUCCUUGCUGCCAUUGCUCCUCCGAUUGUGUUCCAUGGGAAGUCAUUAACGGGAAUCCUUGCAGCAAUUGAUACCUUUUCAGAUCAUGCAUUGGUUGGGAUCUUCUACCUGGUUGGCUUUGGUUUGUUUUGCUUAGAGACACUAAUAAGCUUGUGGGUACUUCAGAGAGUUUAUAUGUACUUCAGAGGGCACGAGUGACGAUGCAAGGUUAGCCACUUUCCAGUGCGAAAGUUCCGGACAACCAAUAUGAUACAUGGACAGAGAAAUCUCUUCGACUCUUUUCCAUUACGGCGUAUUAUUAGGUGGUGUAUAAUAAUAUAUAUUGUGGAAUUUAUUGUUCUAGUUUUCACAGUUUCUUUCCUCUUGGGAGCCCAUCUUUCAUCCUACUUGAUAUUUUUCAGUAUUUUGUAUUAUUCAUGAUGUUAGUCUGUUAAAUAUGUUA